AGCGUUUCGGUCCAGACUGCUUUUUAUUAAAUUGACAGAAGAGCCGUGAUGAGAAAUGGGGAACGGGACGGGAGAGGUGCUCCCAGUGUCAGGUUCAUUGAUCAACAUGCGGCUGUUAUCUGAGGCUGGAUGAGGUUGAACACUCCUCCCCUGUGGAUCCCGAACAGAGGACACAUUCACGCUGAGGGUCAGGACAGUAUGCCUACGGAGACGAUGAGGACUGGUAUUCUCGUCGAUAUAAAGCGGCCCCAUGGUGUGCGCCCAUUAAGAUAAAACAUGGUGAUGUGAGCUGUCGUACACCCAGAGGAGAGAACUACAGGAACGUGAUGGGGACACGCUGUAAAAUCCGCUGUAAGCAGGGAUACGAGGCCCAGAGCUCGGAGGUGGUGUGCAUGGCCAGUAAACACUGGUCCUCUAAUUACGCCUGCAGAGAGAUCCGCUGUCCCAAGCUGAACAUGCCCGCCAACGGUGGCUACAAGUGUUCGGACGGCUCCUAUUUCCACUCUCGCUGUGAGUUCUUCUGUUCCCCUGGGUUCAGUCUGAAGGGCCAGAAGACGGCAACCUGCCAACACAGCAAGGUGUGGAGUGCGGACGCGCCCACCUGUGUCGAUAUUGAUCCCCCCAAAUUAAAGUGUCCGAAUGUGAAGGACAAGUGGGCAGAGCCUGGAAAACUGACAGCGAGGGUGACAUGGGACACACCGGAGGGUGUCGACACGGCAGACGGCAUCCUUACAGAUGUUAUCCUGAAAGGGAAACCCUCAAAAUCCGACUUCCCAGACGGGCUCCACAAGAUGUCCUACACUGUGUUUGACCGCGCGGGGAACAAAGGAUCCUGCCGCUUCACCGUCAGAGUGCGAGUGCGCCGCUGCAGCGCGCUGUUUCCCCCAGACAACGGUUAUAUGAAGUGUGACAGUGAUGGAGACAACUACGGAGCCACUUGUGUGUUCACCUGCACCGGCGGCUACGAGCUACAGGGCAGCGGUGCCAGAGUGUGUCAGUCCGGACUCACCUGGUCUGGCUCGGACACAAACUGUGCACCCAUGAACAUUAACGUGGGAGUGCGGACAGCUGCCGCACUACUGGACCAGUUCUACGAGAAGCGACGGCUUCUCAUUAUCUCGGCCCCGACGGCUGCCAAUCAUAAUUACCGCUUCCAGAUGACUAACUUACAGCCCGCUCAGUGUGGACUGGACCUGAGGCACGUGACAGUAAUCGAGCUGGUCGGGACUUACCCAGCACAGAUGGGACGAAUUCGACAUAGCCUGCUCCCCCCAGGCCUGGCCCUGCAGCUCAGGUUACUGCUCCAGAUCCCACAGAGGUCUUUCCAAAUGGUGCUGGUAGACAAGCAGGGCAUGGACAAGCAGCGUUACCCGUUCCCAAUCACAGCGGCCGAAUUGUUCACCACCAUCGACACCUUCCCCCUCCGCAAGGACGAGAUGCUCCUACAGCAGGAAGCGGGUCAGAACUGUCAAUCAUAAAACGCCCCUGCCUUCUUUAAGUGCACUUCCGCGGACGGUCGGCCGCCUUCGAUCCUUUAUCCUCCUCAGUCACAGCAGACGGGACCUGCUCUGAUUUUCUGUUUCUAACCACACAUCACACACUCCCACCUGAAGUCAUCCAGGCAGCAGGGCAAUGUCUCUACAACUCAUUCAACUCAUCCAAUGAGAACUCUUUCUUUCCCGUAUCAUCUGUGUGCGUGCGUACGUGUGUGUGUGUGUGCGUGCGCGUGUGUGCGUGCGUGUGUGUCUCAUGGUGCUGAUUUAGCAGAUUUAUUAAUAGAAGUUCAUCACAGUACAUCACAAUCAUAUUGAUUCCUCUGUCACGUCUUUCUGUACGUUUUAUUUUUAUUACUAUGAAUGUUUUCAAAUCAGAAAUAUGUUUGACUAUUUUGUACAAAAAAAUCUUUUUUACUGUAUGAACUAGAAAACCCCUUUGCCUGUCUAAUAUUUAUAUCUCAUUCCUUUAAUAAUGGUGUACUCAGUGCAUCUGUACGUCAGAAUUUACAAGACACUGAUUAAAAUAUGUCUUUCAUGGA